UUAAUAGAUAAUAAAAACCAGUAUUUAAAGAUAAUACGGUCCUCACAAACUCUUUACCAUUCACCAAGACGGCAAAACAAGAUGUCGACAGUUUCACCUUCCCCUCAACUAGUUCAGGUGGUUCCAGACAACCAGAACAACAACACUGGCGACAACGUCAAGUACGAAGAUCUUGUCCGUAGCUCCGACAUCUUCCUGGAGCAUCUCAAAACUCUGCUCGGAUCUUACGGGAGAACACUCAAGGUUCCAACGGUGGGAGGGAACACUUUGGACCUGCAUCGGCUUUUCGUGGAGGUUACAUCUCGUGGUGGGAUUGCAAAGGUGAUUAAAGAUAGGAGAUGGAGGGAAGUGAUAGGAGCAUUCAACUUUCCAAACACAAUCACAAGUGCUUCAUUUGUGCUGAGGAGGUGCUACUUGAAGUUCCUUUUUGAGAUGGAGCAUGUUUAUUACCACAUGCAAUCAGCUUCUUCAGUGAAAUCAGCAGAGGAAGCAAUGGAGAGCCUCUCCCCAAACCUGGAGGAAGGCACUGAUGAACCAGAAAUAGGGCGGGUGAUUAACGGAGUCAUUGAUGGGAAGUUCGACAGUGGAUAUCUGGUGACGAUGAAAAUAGGUUCUAAUGUGCUGCCAGGAGUGCUUUACCAUUGUGCUGCUAAAAGGCCACGUCAGCCCGAACAAGCCAUGGGAAUACCUUCAGCCAUGGCACCAUCAUCCCAACGCCGAGCUAAGAAGAAAGCAAGAGUGGCUACUGUUGUUGAUUCUCAGAAACCCAAAUGCCACAGGAGUGGCUACAACUUCUUCUUCGCUGAGCAGUACGCUAGGCUCAAACCUGAGUACCAUGGAAAAGAAAGGACCAUCACCAAGAUGAUAGGACGCAUGUGGGGCAAUCUCUCCGAGUCUGAGAAACAGGUUUAUCAAGACAAAGGAGUUAAGGAUGUGGAGAGGUACAGAACUGAGAUGCUGGAGUACAAAUCUGCACAUGAAGCAGGAGCUUCUGCUUCUGGAGCAGCUCCCUUAGCUCAGUAGUCUUUUUUCUGUUAUGUUGUUGUCUUAUAUGUUUAUGACAUUUCUCUUUCUUUCUUUGGACAAGUUCUUUUUUCUUUUUUAUGAUGCAUUUUAUGUCUUUGAUCAGUUG